AUGAUAUACAAUCUCUUCUUAGAGCCAAAUGAAUAUAAGUUGCUGGCUGCCGAGAGACGUCACCUCGGGGUCAAUUUAAAACAAAAGCGCACAUACGUCAGGGGGAUUGUAUUGAAGAGCACGCCAGAAAUACAUUACUUCUGCAUCGAUAACGAAUUGGUGUAUGAAAAUUACUAUUCAGAUUUCGGCCCUUUAAAUCUCGGUUGUGUUUAUAAAUACUGUAAGAUAUUGAACGAGAAGUUGAAACAGUAUUUGAAUAAACAGAAGAUCGUACACUACACAUCGGCUGAGGCGCGGAAGAAGGCCAACGCGGCUUUCUUAAUAGGAUGUUACGGCAUAUUGUACCUAAGUUUGACACCCAAAGAUUCGCUGAAGCCACUUCUACUGCACAGACAAACUUAUCGCCCAUUCCAAGAUGCGACCCAAGGUGACUCCUGUAACACGAUAUCGUUGAUGGACUGUCUGUGCGCGCUGAGGAAGGCCAGGGAACUGGGCUUCUUCAGCUUCCAAGACUUCAACUACGAAGAGUACGAACGCCUGGACAAGAUCCAGGGCGGAGACCUCAAUUGGAUCGUACCUGGUAAAUUCUUAGCGUUUAUAGGACCAGUUGACUACAGCGUGUCACUGUUCCAUCCACCCGAAAUGUACAUAGAUUAUUUCAAAGAUAACAAUGUUAAAAUAGUCAUUAGAUUAAAUAAGAGAAUGUACGACGGAGACGUGUUCAAUAAUGCGGGCAUUAUGCACUAUGAUCUGUUCUUCCCGGACGGGUCUUACCCUCCGCGGCAUAUCCUACUGAAGUUCCUCCAGAUCGCUGAAGAGUCGGACGCGGCCAUCGCCGUUCAUUGCAAGGCAGGUUUAGGGCGCACGGGAUCGCUGAUUGGCGCGUACCUGAUUAAGCACUACCGCAUGACGGCCCACGAAGCCAUCGGAUGGAUGAGGAUCUGCAGGCCAGGGUCUGUUAUUGGACACCAACAGGAUUGGAUGGAGCGUAUGGAGCCAUGGUUGAUAAAGCAAGGGAAUAUUUAUAGGAAACGUACAUUUCAAGACACGGAGAAGUUCCCAAUCCACGAGUUUGGGGUGUAUUCUAUAUCGGAGCGGGUGCUCCGGCAGCGGCCCGUGGUGUUCAGCAAGCCGCUGUCGCCGCCCCCGCCCAUGCAGCGCCAGACGCGGAGUGACACCACGCCGCCGGUCAGGCCGCAGGCCUCCAAAGUUAGGGAAGCUCCUAAUAAGGCAUCCGAAAAGGACCAGUACGAGUGGCGCAUGAGGUCUUCGAAAACGAACACCAACGCCAAGACGUCAAACAGAGGCCGGGACAGUGUGGACACCGGCAAGGCAGUGUCGCGGCGUGGCAGCGGCGCGGGGGAGCCCCGCCCUCCGGCGCACGCCGGCGCCCGCUCCACCAACGCACGGGUGCCGCGCCCUCGAAACAACAAUGAGCUUAAUUUAACGCCAGUGCCAACAUUCCGCACAACACAGGGGCCUGUCCUGAAAACUAUAAAUGAUGCGAAGUCAUUCCUCAUGAGGAGCAGCUUCUACGGGCAGCAGCGAGAGAGCAAGCUGCACCAGGCCAUUACAGUGACGCCACACUACACCGUGCGGCCGCCUGCCUACCCCGUAGAGCACGUUAGCAACCUGCCGACCUUGGCCGCUUAUGGCACAAAAAAUUUCUCAGUGUCCCGAGUGCCGCCGCCGCAGCCCCGGCGCCGCUGCCUCGGCCGGAGCCCUAGCCCGAGCCCUAGCACCUCCCCCACUAGGAUAGUGGAGCACACGCGCGCCACCAACACUAACCCCAGCAACGUGGACAGGUUCUUCGUCAGAGACUCCAAGGUUGCUCUCAGAGAGGCUCUUUCCAGACUAAAGUUGCAAGCGCCCCGCGACGGGUCUAUCGGCGCGGCGUCAGUGGGCGCGGCGUCGCUCGGAGCCCGGCGGGACGCACCAGCUGCUAAGAGGGCGCCGAGCGUGCGCUCCGACGAGCGCCCGCUGGCGACCCAAGGGGACAUGCUCAACAGCAUCAAGUUCCAAAGGAGAUUUCGCGACACGCUAAACGCAGACAAAAUAAGCGCCAUUUUCAACGAAAAAGUGAGCACGGCAGCGAAGGACAAACCAAGCAGCAAGGUUGAAAACUCCAGGAUCAGUCUCGCGCCUAAAGUUUUUCAUCAGGAAUUUAGUCCUCCGAGAGACAAGAAUAACACAAGUACAUCAAAGUUCUUUAGUUCUCCGCGCCCCACGUCGCCUAAAGGACGGACACGGACUUCGUUCUACUAAAUACAGGAACAGUCACGCCAGUGAUACCUAGCGGGUUGGGCAGAGACAAGUCACCAAUAAAAGUGCAUGGUGAGAGGUUAUCAGCUAAUAAAUGGAUAGAUUGUAAUUUUAGAAAUGACACAGGAAAAUCAAUGCCAUAAUGGAGGUUCCGUACAAAAAAAAUUGUAAAAUUUAAUAAAAAAUGUGAAAUUUUAAGCGUUGUGCUGUUAGUGGGAGGCUGUCAAAUAAACAAGGUAUGAU